CACAAAACAUAGAAGAAGAGAAUGUUGCCGCUUACGUAUUUCCGGUUGGACAACAACGUGUGGAGAAACAGACAACAUGGCAGAGGACAUCCCUAUGGAAGACUACCCUACUGAGAUUGAGGAGCAGCUCACAGGGUUUGAGUCAUCAGUCGGUGCUGUCAACAACAUGGUGCAGACCAUCAUAUCCAUGCCAAGAAAUGAGCUGGUGAAAAAACUGGAUCCUCUGGAACAAGCCAAGCUGGACCUAAUGUCUGCAUAUAGCCUCAACUCUCUUUUCUGGAUGUACUUGGUCACACAAGGAAUAAACCCAAAAGAGCAUGCAAUCAAACAAGAGUUGGAGAGGAUCAGGACGUAUAUGAACCGUGUGAAGGAGAUCACUGACAGGAGGAAAGCAGCCCGUCUGGACAAAGCAGCAGCGUCUCGCUUCCUCAGGAACGCUUUGUGGAAACUUGAGGAAGGGAGGUCAAAGGACACGCCGGGUUGUGACCCUCAGGACACGCCGGGACGUGCCCCCCAGCACACACCAGGUCGCGGCCAGCACAGGCCAGAUCACGGCCACCGCACGCCAGGUCGCGGCCAGCACAGGCCAGAUCACGGCCAACGCACGCCAGGUCGCGGCCAACGCACGCCAUGUCGUGGCCAACGCACGCCAGGUCGCGGCCAGCAGAAAAUCUUUGAUGGCCAUCAGUCAAAAGGACCCAAACUCAGCUGAGAGGAGGUGGAGCAACACCAGGGGCUGGUUCCUCGCUGGCCUCUACCACGGUUCCUCUACCAUGGUUCCUCGCCCCCUUUUCUAUGUGCACAUGUCUGAAAGUACCUGAUAGGUACAAGCAGCGCCUUAUCACUUGUUACCAUGGACACGUGAUUCAUGAGCCACUGGUGUUUUUUGUAAUGCGCGCAGACACACACACACACACACACACUUUUUUUGUGCAGAAAUAGAAGUUCAUCAAAUUGUUUUAGUUUAUUUUCACUCUUCAAACAUUUUUAAAGAAGUCAUUGUCAUAAUAUCCGACAAAAUGUCUGGAUGAUCUAGAUGUUCUACCAUCCCUAUUAUCUUAGACUAGAACCAUGGUUUUUAUAUGCAUCUGUUUAAUUUAGACAUCAAAACUUAGUUUUUUUUUGUUGCCUCCUGUGAUUAUGGUGUUGGAUCUAUCUUGUUUCAACUAUAAAGUCUUUUAUUGAU